UGCCUAAUAUCAGUGCGUUUGUUUCUUUAGUCUUUAAAGUAUUCAGUGACCCGAGCUGCGGGAACUGGGUGUCAUGUGGCGGAAAACAAUUGCAGGCUGUUGAUUUUGGUUUAACACUUGCUGACAUCCUGCCAGAUGAAAGAAGAGGAGAGAGAAACCGGACCUGCCAGAUAACCCUAAACAGAUCGUCAUCCCUAAUAUCCAGGGAAAAGGAGGGAUCAGAGCCCUCGCUCCAAACAUCCCUCUGCCGCUGCGCACUACACAGGAUAGCUGUCAUUUCACAAAGCCCUGCAUAUUCGUUUGCUUAUGGAUUAUUGAGCUUUAGACGCAUAUGAGGUCAUGAAUUCGGCUGAACAGACCAUCACAUGGUUAAUAACGCUGGGCGUCCUGGAAUCACCCAAAAAGACGCUAUCGGACCCAGAAGGCUUUUUACAGGCAUCUCUCAGAGAUGGAGUGGUUUUGUGUAAAUUGCUGGAGCGGCUGCGACCCGGUUCGGUUCACACGAUCUACCAGGACCCGAGGAAAGACGAGUGUCUGAGUAAUAUCAGAGAGUUUGUGAAAGGCUGUGCAUUGUAUCACAUAGAGGUAUUUGAGGCCAAUGACUUGCUUCAGGGCCAGAACUUCUCCAAGGUCUUGAAUUGUUUGGUUGCACUCAACAAAGCAACUUCAGAGUCCGGUGGUGAGAGUAAUUCUGUGUGUUCUCGUCACUCGUCUUCUCUGCGGAUCAAGUCCUUUGACUCGACCAACUGUUUGUCCACUCACAGGAGAUCAUCCAGACUCAAGUACAACCAGUACCGCAGUCUGGACAUGUCUGAAAACAGUGCCCCUCAGGUGCUGGUGAAAGCACGCUUUAACUUCCAGCAGACCAAUGAGGAUGAGCUGUCCUUCGAUAAGGGUGACAUCAUCCAGGUGACACGGCAGGAAGUGGGCGGCUGGUGGGAGGGGUCUCUCAACGGCAAAACCGGCUGGUUUCCUAGCAACUAUGUCAAAGAGAUCAAAGGCUCUGACAAACCUGUGUCACCUAAGUCUGGAACGCUGAAGAGUCCACCCAAAGGCUUUGAGACCACUAACUACUGCAAGAUGUACUAUAAUGUGGUGGUUCAGAAUAUUGUACAAACCGAGACAGAGUACUGUAAAGAGCUGCAGACUCUCCUCUCAACGUAUCUGAGAGCAUUACAGCCCACUGACAGGCUCAGCGUGUCAGACAUCAGUCACAUCAUGGGAAAUCUAGAGGAGAUCAGCUCAUUUCAGCAGACACUGGUGCAUUCACUGGAGGAAAGCGUCAAAGUUCCAGAGAGUCAGCAGAGAAUAGGUGGCUUCUUCCUGUCCCUCGUUCCUCAGAUGAGGAGUCUGUAUGUGACCUACUGCUCCAACCAUCCAUCUGCGGUUAACGUUCUCACACAACACAGUGAGGAAUUAGGAGAGUUUAUGGAAAGUAAAGGUGCAAACAGCCCAGGGAUCCUCACACUCACCACGGGCCUGAGCAAACCCUUCCUGAGACUGGAGAAAUACCCCACACUACUGAAAGAGAUGGAGCGCCACAUGGAGGCGCUUCAUCCAGAUUAUCCAGACAUUCAGAAGAGCAUGACAGUAUUUAAAAAUCUCUCCGCCCAGUGUCAGGAAGUGAGGAAGAGGAAGGAACUUGAGCUGCAGAUUCUGAUGGAGUCUAUUCGGGGCUGGGAAGGGGAGGGCAUUAAGACCCUGGGCUCUGUCCUUUACAUGUCUCAAGUCCUCAUCCAGAACCACGGCGCAGAGGAGAAGAACGAGCGAUACCUUUUGCUGUUUCCUCAUGUACUUCUCAUGUUGUCUGCUAGUCCUCGAAUGAGUGGUUUCAUCUACCAGGGGAAGCUGCCUCUGACUGGAAUGACUCUAAAUAAAAUAGAGGACAGUGACACCACAAAAAAUGCUUUUGAAAUAUCUGGAAAUAUGAUCGAGCGGAUCCAGGUGAUCUGUAAUAACCAGCAAGAUCUUCAGGACUGGAUGGAUCAUCUACACCGGCAAACCAAACGCAUUUCAACCAGCAACUUGAAACCACAGAACGUUCCCUGCCAUACGCUGCCGUCUCACCCUCUCACCCCGUCCAGACACUCAGAGAGUCGAGGUGUGAGCGGAUCUCCAGUCUACCACACUCUUCCUCACCUCUCUUCACUUGGAACCCCUCACAGCGGUAUGAUGUGGGGACCCCUCGAGCCUCCCAAAACCCAGAAGCCCUGGAGUCUCAGCUGUCUCCGACCUGCGCCACCCCUAAAACCCUCAGCUGCCUUGUGUUUCAAAGAGGAUCUCAGUAAAAGUCCCAAAAGCAUGAAGAAGCUUCUGCCCAAACGAAAAUCUGAGAGGAAGCCAUCUGAUGAGGAAUUUGCUGUGAGAAAAAGUACUGUAGCUCUGGAGGAGGAUGCUCAGAUCCUGAAAGUGAUCGAAGCAUACUGCACAAGCGCUAAAACACGGCAAACACUAAACUCAACAUGGCAGGGCACUGAUUUGAUGCAUAAUCAUGUGCUGGCUGAUGUUGACCAAUCGUGUGUGGAUGCUGUGGGUUGCCGUAGCAGCGGAUUUCCCUCCUCUGAUCAAUCUGAAGACUCGGACUAUGACAGUAUAUGGAUAACUCACACUAACAGAAUGGGUUCUAUGUCCCGAUCAAGGAAGGAGUCAGGGCCACAUAUGAUUUUUCCUGAAGAGGAGAAAAUCAUUGUGGAAGAGACAAAGAGCAAUGGCCAAACUGUAAUCGAAGAAAGGAGUCUGGUGGAUACAGUUUAUGCCUUAAGGGAUGAGGUUCAAGAACUUAAGCAGGACAACAAGAGAAUGAAGCGCACUCUUGAGGAAGAGCAAAAGGCACGGAAAGAGCUGGAGAAGAUUGUCAGGAAAGUGUUAAAGAGUAUGAACGACCCAUCCUGGGAUGAGACGAAUUUGUGAGCCCAUCUGUACAUUUAUGAAAACUGCAUCUUGAGUGUAGUAUCAGUCUUAACUCCUGACCAAAAAUACUUGUAAAUAUUGUGACAAAACUGAACUUGAUCCCCGCAGUCACAGUAUAAACCUGAUCCUUUUCAAGCCUUUUUUGUUUGCCAGUGCCAAGUAUCUAGUUCAUUUUCAGAUAUGAUAAACAUAAAGAAAUGUAUUGAACCUGGACAUCAUCUAUCAGAAACGUCUCUACAGGAUCAGGUGUGGUCUGGCAAAGCAGCCAAAAUAACUUGCAGUUUGAUCAUUUAGCUCACUGUCACAGAUGUCAUUGGUUCCUAGACUAAAACUGGGAGUCUCAGGGAUGAUAGACACACUGUACCUACAAAUGUUGCCAGGCCUGCAUCACUGCCUGCGUCCUUUGACAUUUUCAAUCAUUAGCCAAUAUGUUCAAUAAGGGAUGACAUUCAGUAGGAUUUUUUCCAAUGGAAAACCUUGCAAUACAAUACUAGAGACAUUUCUGAGGGGACUAGUCUUUUUUUUAGAGAUUUUUUUGGGGGUGUCAUUUCAAAGUUGCUUUUACAAUAACCUCAGUUUUAAUUUCGUCCGGUUGCUCUUUUGCACCUUGCAGCAUGUACCUUUUUUUUAUUUUAUUAUGAUCCUCUACUCUAAUUGUGCAUUCACAUACCUUUU